CCCAUAAUUAUUGAAGAAAAUAUAUAUUGAAGUCUAUGUUCGAAAUAAUGCAGAUGGAGUGAUGUAUAAUAUGUCUUAGUCUUUGUAUCACAGGCACAACUGUUGUGCCCAUUUCUAUAUGUCAUUCAGUGCACGAUAAUAAUAUUAUGGAGUCUAUCGGAGAAUACGAAUAUAGCAGAAAGAAUUUGAUUGGCCACGGAGCUUUUGCUCUUGUAUACAAAGGUCGUCAUAAAAAGACAAAGCUACCUGUUGCCAUCAAAUGUAUCAACAAGAAAAAUCUUGGAAGAUCAAGCACUUUACUUGGCAAAGAAAUCAAUAUUCUCAAGGAGUUUCAUCAUGAAAACAUUGUCCGACUUUAUGAAUGUGAGUCAUCUACACAAAGUUACUACUUAGUUAUGGAGUAUUGCAAUGGUGGCGACUUAGCAGAGUAUUUACAAGCUAAAGGCACUUUGAGUGAAGACACAAUGAGACUUUUUUUACGACAAAUUGCAAAUGCAAUGAAAACGAUGCACGAACGUGGGAUUUUACAUCGUGAUCUAAAACCCCAAAACUUACUUCUUUCACACAAAAUUCCAAAUCCAAAACCACAGGAUAUUGUCAUCAAAAUUGCUGAUUUUGGCUUCGCCCGUCACCUGCAAAGCAACAUGAUGGCUGCAACGUUGUGUGGAUCUCCUAUGUACAUGGCACCAGAAGUUAUAAUGUCAAAGCAGUACAAUGCUAAAGCAGAUUUGUGGAGUAUUGGAACCAUAAUAUAUCAGUGUGUUGUUGGCAAAGCACCUUUCCAGGCAAAUACACCUCAGGAACUGAGAUAUUUCUAUGAACAAACAAGAAAAGUUGAACCCAAAAUUCCACCUGGUACAUCACCCACAUUACGUGAUCUUUUGUUGAAACUUUUAAAAAGAAAUGUGAAAGAAAGAAUCAACUUCCUGGAUUUCUUUAAUCAUGAAUUUUUGCUCUCAUCCAAAACAAAAAGUUCUUCUCCAGUACCGGUUCCCAAUCGCGUCAACAGUUUUCCAACGAGUCCAAAUUCGAGCAACAAUUCAGAUCCACGAAGUAUUAUCGCUGAAUCGCCUCAGAGGAUAACAGAGUGUUCCCCUUCAGAAGGUGAUCCUUUGUUUUUGCGGCUUUCAACGUCCAGUUCACAGGACUCUGAAGACUUUGUUAUGGUAUCCCACCCCUUCUCAUCAAAUGAUAGCCUUAGCACUGCACACAAUACCAACAAUAGCAAUGGUGGGAAUGAUAACAAACGCACAAAAUCAUCAAAUUCAAGUAAUUCUCCAAGUCAGAAUUCUCGACAUCAGCACAGGAAAGACAAAUCCCAAAUGUCCCCAAGUCACUCUUCGAAAGCUUCGGACUCGAUACAGCGCUUGCCAAGAGAAUCGAGUGUGCGAUCUCCAUUCCUAAUGCGGAGAACGAGUGCAGGAAGUCCACUCACUGUAAGAUACUCUGCGGCUUCAUUGCGACGUCGAGCAGGAAGUGGAAGUGACUCAGACGUCAGUACAAGAUCUCGGCCUUCUCCUGUCCCAAUUCCGGUUCCGACGCAGGUUGAAAAUUAUGAAAGAAUCGAGCGUAAAAAUUCCAUGUCAAGUAAUAGUUCCAUAUCAUCAAUAGAAGAUAGAAGUAGGCUACGAUCUCAAUCCAUGUCUCCAUUAUGCAUUGAUGGUGGAAUUCAAAGCAUCGAGCAAAGUGGUGGAAUUACAAGAACAAGCAGUAAUCAGAGUUUGUCAAAAUCUCCGUACAUUGGAACACCAAGUUCGUUUGAAAGUUCAUCUGCUUCUCCUGCCGCCAUUCGAAAACCUAGGCGACUAUCUGGUGCUACCCCGUCUGAAUUUUCACCCAUAAUGGAAAAUCCAUACGAUUCUGGAACUACAGUUACAAAAGCCAAGUUUGUGAACACUCCACCUCAGUCGAAUCGUGUUCGUGCCAUAUCUAAUUAUGCUGUUGAACGUCAAAUGACUAGAGCACAAACUGUACCUGAUCUUGGAAAGCUUGAACAAAGACAUCCAAGUGCCAUGGGCUCCACCACGUUACCAAGGUCGAAAAGUUCCGCAGGAUUGUCAGAACAAGUGAUGCGUAUUUUGUUUGGCGAAAAUGCUCUCGAUACUUCAUUUCAUCGCAGAACUUUUGGCAUUUUACCUGCCAGUCUUGCCCAUCGAAAUAUCGCUGCAGCUUGCCAAAUAUCAGGUCACACUCUGACAUCAUCUAUAACUCCACCAAAUUCGCCGCAAGAUUGUCAAGCAUUAUUGAAAGUGAAUCGCAAAAACGCUCUCUGGACGCCACCUCGUUAUGUGCAAAGUUCUGAACCAACAAUACUUGAACAAGCCAAAAAGUUUUUUCCCGCUGACACAAGCAAUGGAUCAGGAACUCCCAUGAACAGAAAUGUCAAUUUCAUUGUGGGAACUCCGCCUUCUCUCACUGAUGCAUUGACACCACCUAUUGGCAGCCCAACAUCAAAUGACAACGGAAUAUUGACUGGAAAUGCAAGAUUCCGUAAAGAUUCUCAUAAUGUAAACAAUGACGGUAAAGAAUCUCAUGUAGAUGCUUCUGAUCAUCUUAAGGAACUCGAGGAUCAAGUGCUCAGAUCACAGCUCGAUAACUCAGCAUUAUUAAGUCUUCGGGGCUUAGAUACUUUUCCAGGUUUUUCUGACUCUGGUGUGGACAUGUUGUCACCAGAAGAUGAGGGUCAGGCCUCAGAAGUUCGUGAGCUCCAAUUUUACUGUCGGUUGUCAGAUUGCAUUAGUGAAGUAGCAGAAGAACACACUACACCCCUUGCGUGUGGUUUUGUUCCCGAUAUUACUUCAUCUGCUAAACACUGGGAUAUGUUCGAAGGUGAUCCACUGCAUCAUGUCACUCAUAAACAAAGACAAUGUGAACAGCUGCUUUUAUAUUUGCGAGCAUUGCAAAUUCUUGCCACUGCUUUACAUACAAUAAGGAAUAAAGUGAAAAUGGGAACACUGAAAGUCACCAGUAGUAUUAAAGAAGUUGUUCGGGAAUUGAACGUACGUUACAAAAAAUUCUGCCAACUUUGCCAAGAUUCCAAACAACAAUGCGAUUUAGCAAAAGUCAAACGAAUGAAUUUCAUAUCUGCUGACAAAAUAUUGUAUUUCCAUGCUGUCAAUGAUUGCCGAACUGCAGCAUUGGACGAGGUGUUUGAGGGAAAUUCAGUGCAAUGUAUGAAGAGAUACAGAAGAGCUUUAUUAUUAUUGGAAGGAAUGUCACUUUGUACUAAUAGUAAUUUGGACAGAACUAGGCUAUCAAAAUAUAAACGAGGCAUCGAUCACAGGUUGAAACAUCUUGAACAGGUGUGGGCCUCAUCAAUUCAUGACCAAUUGCCGCAGUAAAUGUCAUUAGAUCAUGCUUGGUCAAGUGUACUUUUUUCUAAUUCCCGAAUAUCGAUCGAAUGAUGAAAGGAUUCACUAUCAAUGAACUAACAACUGAGUGCUAGCAGACUUGUUGACGAUUCCAUGGUUCAAAUGAUUACCCAUCACUUGAUAUUUAUUAGUUACCAUACAGCCUUUUUGUUAGCCAAGCCUAACAAAGAUCAUCCCUUUUCGGCAAGGUUGAAUUUUUCUCAAUUGAGCUUUGAAUAAUAUGGAGACUGCCAUGAUUUUUUUUUAUCAAAACUGAUCUUUCCUUUUUAUUGUAUCAUUUCCUUCUUUUCUUAUUUUGAAAUGUACUUUAUGAAAUUUUGUUUUUUGAUCUGAUUUUUUUGUAUGAUUGCGAUAACUGUAUUCUUUUUUUUUUUGAUUAAGCAUUGUUUGAUUUUAGAGGUAUUACCACAGCACCCAUAUAAAGAAACAAAAAAAUAACAUUCCAAAAUUUUUGCAAAAAUUUGAAUAUGUGGUGGAAAUUCGAAUUUGGUGAAACCUGGACAUUCAGAUUCUUUUCGUGAAUUUAAAAACAAGAUGUGCUUUAGUAAGAGCGAUAAGUCCGUGUAAAAUUGUGCCUGCCCAAGUUUUGGUGAAUUUUUUCACGCUCGCUGUGUUAUAUUCAGUGCCCUCUGAUACUACAUAUUAUCGAAUAUUUGGUCGUGUAUCGUGCCGUGGUCUUGUCUCUGUUAUCUUUAUUUCUCUUGUUACCACCACCUUCUUGUAAACUAUUGUAUAGUAUAAUGUGCAAUGUGUUUUAUUUUGUUCAUAUUUAAUAUUGUUUUGCACGUUUUUUUGUUAUUUUGGCAUUUCUCCCGUUUGAACAGGAAGUUACAACAUAGCUUAGUUGUCACUAUGCUUUUUGAAAAACAGGUAGGAUUUUAGGCAGAAUUAAUAAUUCUAUAGCUAUUAAGAUUUGGUUUGUUAGCACAGAAAUUUUGCUGUCAGAAGGGUUGUUUUUCUUUGAUUAGACUUUAUUUUUGCUUAUCCAGUCUAAAUCUUUAUCAUCUUGAUUAUAUAUAAUCAAAUUAAUUUUUUUUCGAAAAAAAUAUUAGUUCUAUUAUACUUUUCCAAUGGCUGGGCAUAGUUGCAUCAUUCAAAACCAUUGACCCCAAUGGUCAGGUUAUGAAAUCUUGAAAUUCUAUUUCAGUUAUUUUUGUUGAGUUUUAUGUCAUGCUUGUCAUUGAUGAAAAAAUAUAUAUGUAUAUCGCUGGUGCGCUUUCUUUUAAACUUAAUAUAAAUAAUUAUUACGCUCGGUCAAUGAAAGUAAUAAAUAAUUAAAAAUUAAACAUUUCUUAUUAUAUAGCAAAGUUGAUAUGAAUAGUAUCCUGAAAUUUAGAUACUGACUGGCAUUUAGAUUUCAAAAAUACAUUCAAGAUUUAUAGACUAAAAUGAAUUUGACAUGAUCCUCAUAGACGAAUUCUCCUUAAUACAGAACAUAUUAAUAAAAGCAAUCUGCUGUUACUCAAGGCAUGACCGAAAUUUUUUCUAAUGCAAUUGUUAAAAUUUUGUUAGCACAUUCAUAUUUAAUAGCAGUUAUCAAGAAUUCAAUAAAUAGGGUUUGAAAAUUGGACAAGUACUAUCCGGAAAUAUAUAUGUUGGUAUAGUCAAUAGUGUAGUAGAAUCAUAACUUAUAUAACAUAAGAACACUCAUGAUAACUUUCUAUUAUUAAAGAUUUAAUAAUAAUUAACAAUCUUGAAUUUUAACCUAAAUUUUUUUGGUACAAAGAUCUUUAUUUUUAUGAACCUCAACCGUUUUAGGUAAAUUUAUCAUUUCUUUUUAUUGUUGUUUGUAAUAUUAUUAUAUUUAUAUGUAUAUACUUGUGUCCAUUCUGUCUGUAGAUUUUUGUUCAGAAAUAAAACUAAAUGCUCAAUA